CUGAGGAGCCUCUUAGAUGCCCUCUGUGCAAAGAUGAAUGGCAGGUUCCACAUGGGGGACCUUCUGCUUUAGGACCUGACUUCAAGAUCAAUACAUUAAAGGAAAUACUAGCAGCCAACAGUAACAUCAAGCCUUCAAAGUGCGGGCGUCAUCCUGCUAACCCCUUGUCGUUUUUCUGUCAAGAUGACAAUCACGCCAUAUGUCAUAGCUGUGUUAGAGAUCAUGCAGGACAUUCAUUGCUAAAAAUUGAUGAAGCUGUGGAAGUGUUUGAGAAGGAAUGGAACAAGGGCAAGGAAGAACAUUUAGAAUUAUUAACAGGGAGACUACAGAAAGUAGAAGAAGACAAACUUUACUUUCGAAAUGAAAAUGAACGUCUUACUGAAGAAUUGGAACAAGAUCACAAAAUUGUUAUUGAAGUAAUCAGCAACCUGUUUUCAUCUUUAAAGCAAAACAUUGAUGAGUACCACCAGAAAGAAUGUCGAUCAAGAGCAGUUCUCCAGGAGGAAAUGCAAACAUCUAAGGCAGUGAUUGAGACCUUUACAACACAUAUUGGAACAAUACAGGACAAUGUAGAAAAGGUCAGAUUAUUCACAGGUCUGAAUGUACAAGAAUUAUUGAUUCCUGAACAUUCACCUCCUAAUCCAUACCAGUUCAGACCCUGUGAGAUAUUGCACAACCGAAUUAUAUUUGGCAGUCUGUAUCAAAGAGGUUUCGAUGAAAAUAUCACAUCUAUGAGUAUGCUUCAUCAUCCAAUGAGUAUGCUUUUUCAUGAAGAUAUACCAACAGAAAUUACCCAGCCAACCCCAAUGAGUAUUCCAAGUGAGCAAAGGGAUGAAGAGUCAAUGAGUAUUUCUGGGAGUGGUUCCAUGGUCCAACCUCAACCUGAGAUGCCUCUUCUAAUGCCUACACAGAAAUAUCUACAAAAACCAAUUGUUAGAAAGAAAACCAAACUGCCUCCAAACUCAUCUAAAAAAUAUAUCCUGGACAUAACAGAGGUUGAUUCCUCAACAAGAGUUGCAGUUAGAUUUGAAGAAGUCCAGUUCUACAACAACUCAGAAUUGACAAAUACAAUACAUGGCAGUAUGAGGCAGGCAGCUAUUACACCUGACAAUUGCAUUGCACUUACCAACCUUGCAGGUGUGAUAAGCAUCUAUGACAAGAAGGGUGUACACAAACGAGACAUUAAGACCCCCUUCACUUACCUGGAUGGAAUUGCAUGUAAUGCCAAUGGAGAACUUGUGGUCAGUGACGUGAAGACUGGGACUGUGGCUCACAUAGACUACAAUACUGGGAGAGUUGUGACUACAGCCCCAAAAGCAUUAUUUCAAACACCUUGGUCUAUUGCUGUCAACCUGGACAAUGAUGUAGUGGUGGUUGAUUGCCACAAGCAUUGUAUCAUAGUAAUGGACAGGGAUGGCAAUAAGAAAAUGGAGUAUGGCACCAAGGGAUCUGAUGAUGGGC